CUCAAACUCGUCGGGAAAGUGGUGAAAAUCGACAAACAAAGUUGGGAGGUUGUUUUUUGAGCGGCACACCACCACGACGAUGAAUGUUGAUGAGGACGACUUUGAGGGUGAGGAGGAGGUGUUUGAUGAUGGUGCUGCUCGGGAAGAAGUGGCAACAGCACUGCUGAUGCUGAUGCAGAAUGAUGCGGAAGAGCGCACGGUGUCGCCCCUCAGCACUGCAAGCGCCGAGUGCAACGAAGCUUUGCGCACUGGGAACGAUUUCAUUAACAAGGAGUACUUUGGCGGACCUCUUCGCAUGACAUCCCUCCUUGAGGGCGACAACGCUGGUGACGAUGACGAUGACGACGACGACGACGACGACGACGAUGAUGAUGAUGAUGGUGGUGAUGAUGUUCAAGACACACCACUCUCUCCAUCAUUGUCGCUCCUGUGUGAGGAAGAGGUGCCGCCAACGCCAGUGAACGUCUCAUCUCCGCGCCUUCCACCGUCUUCGCCCGCCGUGUCACAGGAGGUGCAUGGGACAGCCGUGGCACUUCCGGACACAAGCGGCUCGCAGCCAAGACCACCGCCGCUGCCACUGCCAGCGAGUCUAAUGCACCCACGUGCUCCAGUGCCGGCUUCAGCUGCCCCUCCUCUCCCGAUCCCUAUUCAAUUCCAACCACACCUGUCGCGACUGCUUAGCAGCCCGCCACCAAAGCGCCCUCGACAACAACAGCAGCAGCAGCAGCAGCAGCAACAGCGAAACGAUGCGCCGCCGAUCGACCUUGUUGCCAACGAGCACUAUUGCUCGACUGCUCUUCUGCCACAAGUGGCCGAGGUCGUUGACACACUCAUCCCACAACCACCAGCAACCGCCACCAAGUCGCAGCAGUCAAAGCCAUGCGGAAUACGCCAGUGCAAGUGUGCUGCUGGCAAGGCUGGCAAGUGCUGGAAGACCUUUGGCGCGGGCACACUUGAGAGUCUCCGAUGCCAGGUGUUCGAACUCAGCCAGCAUGACCGCCGUCGCAUGGUGCAGUCCAUCGUCUCCACGAGCCUGAAGGUGCCGCCAUGGCAGGUUGGCAAUGGGCGGGAUGAUGCUCCGUGCGAGGACGGGUGGCAAGAGCACGUGCCGGACCGGAGCAGACUCACUAUCGACUACCGCGUCCUGGGCGUGCCGCUGUGCAGAGAAGGCUUCCGGAACGUGCUUGGGAUUGGAGGUCGAGUCAUCAAGGAGGCAACCCGAGACGUAAAGGCGGGUGUCAUUGUGCCGCGGCCAUCGCUUCACGGACAACAUCUCAAGGGUCGUGGGGUGUUCACUGCCCAACGCGUUGUUCACUUCAUCAAGUGGGUGGCCUCGAUGCACGGGCUGCCGAAUCCUGCGGGACGCGGGGCCAAAGUACUGCUGCCCAUCUCCUUGUCGAGGGCACAACUCCACAAACGCUACCAGUCCGCCACGGGUACGACCCUUGUCGUGUGCAUGCUGGCUGCAACAGGUGAUCAGACGUCGCUGGCCACGUUCAAGCGCGUGUGGGCAAAAUAUCUCAAGCACAUCGGACACGCCAAGACCCGCACGGAUGUGUGUGACACGUGCUCGAAGCUGAAGAGCGGCAAGAUGUGGGAGUUCCUUAUUCAGCACCUGAAGAUGGCAAAGGCCGAGCGCAAGUUUAUGAACGAUUGGACUGAGUUUGGUGGGAAGGCAGAUCACCACGCGUUCUAUUACGAGAGCGGUUUGAAGGUGGAGGCGUUUGGUGUGACAGACCUGGCGCGGCGCACCCAAAUGAAUUACGUCUGGCACGAGCAAGACUCGCCGAAGGUUCGCGGCGCCAACCUCAUUGUGUCCCUCGUCUAUCACCGCCUGACAUCGAUUGGCAGGCGUGACGUCCUCUACGCGAUGGCCGACAACUGCGGCGCACAAAACAAGAACUGGACGUUCUUGUUCUUCUUCGCUUCAUACGCGCACGUGUUCAAGUGCUCGGUGUACUAUCAUUUUCUCCUUCAGGGCCACACGAAGGGCCUGCACGAUGCCUUCUUUGGCCUCGUCAAGCGAAAGCUCAAGACGGAGGACGUGUUCACGCCUACACAGUUUAUGGACAUCGUCGAGCGCUCUUCUGUGGCCAACGCCGUGACCAACGCGGCAUCAGUCCCCAUCUACAACCACACCGCACGCCUUGGCCUCCUCUUUUGUCAGCAGAAGCAGCUCAAACCAACCAAGUACAAGCACUUCUUCUUCGACAAGGACAGACUGGGUGUUGUUCGCUACCGCGCAUCAACUUCAGACGAAUGGGCGGAAGUGAAUCUGCUUCGGCCUGGCGUUGGGCCAGAGCACAUACACGCGGGCAUCUUCACUGAUGGUGAGCGUGUUCCCACCAUCACCCUCUCCGCCAAGCGUCACGAGCAGCUGCGAAACAUCAAAGAGAACUUCUUUCACGGCGUGGAGCAUCUAAAGGACCACUACUACAGAGAACAGCCAUGAUUGUGUGUAUCUCUUCGCCUGCACUGUGCAUCUCUGAGCUCAUCUCAUGCCUGUUUGUGGGGGUGAUUUUGUGCGAAGGUUGUUGCGGUCAGUAAAACAGUCACCCACCACCACACACACAUCGCACGAAGGUGAUUUUUGGCUCAUUGGAGAGCUCUCGAAGAGCUCUUUUUUUGGGGUU